AUGGCGCUGCGGCGGGGCGGCGGCGGGGCGCCGGGGCUGCUGCCGCUGCUGCUGCUGAGCGCCGCGUGCCUGAUCCCGCCGGGCGCGCAGGUGAGGCGGCUGGCGCGCUGCCCCGCCACUUGCAGCUGUACCAAGGAGUCCAUCAUCUGCGUGGGCUCCUCCUGGGUGCCCAGGAUCGUGCCGGGCGACAUCAGCUCCCUGAGCCUGGUAAACGGAACAUUUUCAGAAAUCAAGGACCGAAUGUUUUCCCAUCUGCCUUCCCUGCAGCUGCUAUUGCUGAAUUCUAACUCAUUUACAGCCAUCCGGGAUGAUGCUUUUGCUGGACUGUUUCAUCUCGAAUACCUGUUCAUUGAAGGGAACAAGAUCGAAACCAUUUCAAGAAAUGCCUUUCGUGGCCUCCGUGACCUGACUCACCUUUCUUUGGCCAAUAACCACAUAAAAGCACUCCCAAGGGAUGUCUUCAGUGAUUUAGACUCUCUGAUUGAACUAGAUUUAAGGGGCAAUAAAUUUGAAUGUGACUGCAAAGCCAAGUGGUUGUAUCUGUGGCUGAAGAUGACAAAUUCCACGGUGUCUGACGUCCUGUGCAUCGGUCCGCCGGAGUAUCAGGAAAAGAUGCUAAACGAUGUGCCGAGCUUUGACUACGAAUGCACAACCACAGAUUUUGUCGUUCAUCAGACUUUGCCCUACCAGUCGGUUUCAGUGGACACAUUCAACUCCAAGAAUGAUGUGUACGUGGCCAUCGCUCAGCCCAGCAUGGAGAACUGCAUGGUGCUGGAGUGGGACCAUAUCGAAAUGAACUUCCGCAGCUAUGACAACAUUACAGGUCAGUCCAUUGUGGGCUGCAAGGCCAUCCUCAUUGAGGACCAGGUGUUCGUGGUGGUGGCCCAGCUCUUCGGCGGCUCCCACAUUUACAAAUACGACGAGAGCUGGACCAAGUUUGUCAAAUUCCAAGACAUCGAAGUGUCUCGCAUUUCCAAGCCCAACGACAUCGAGCUGUUUCAGAUCGAGGAUGAGACGUUCUUCGUCAUCGCGGACAGCUCUAAAGCCGGGCUGUCCACAGUGUAUAAAUGGAACAGCAAAGGAUUCUACUCCUACCAGUCUCUGCAUGAGUGGUUCAGGGACACGGAUGCAGAGUUCGUUGACAUAGACGGGAAGUCGCAUCUGAUUCUGUCCAGCCGCUCCCAGGUCCCCAUCAUCCUCCAGUGGAAUAAAAGCUCUAAGAAGUUUGUCCCCCACAGUGAUAUUCCCAACAUGGAGGAUGUACUGGCCGUGAAAAGCUUUAGAAUGCAGGAUGCCCUCUACCUUUCCCUCACCCGCUUCAUUGGGGACUCCAGGGUCAUGAGGUGGAAUAGUAAGCGGUUUGUGGAGAUCCAGGCUCUUCCAUCCCGGGGGGCCAUGACCCUACAGCCCUUUUCUUUUAAAGAUAAUCACUACCUGGCCCUGGGGAGUGACUAUACAUUCUCCCAGAUAUACCAGUGGGAUAAAGAAAAGCAGCUGUUCACAAAAUUUAAGGAGAUUUAUGUGCAAGCGCCUCGUUCCUUCACGGCUGUCUCCACUGAUAGGAGAGAUUUCUUUUUUGCAUCCAGUUUCAAAGGGAAAACAAAGAUUUUUGAACAUAUAGUCGUCGACUUAAGUUUGUGAAGGUGUGACUGGUGAAUUUAAAAAGAUACAUAGCCCUAGCUCUCACAGGAGAGUGACCAAGAAGUGAAUAUAAAAGGAAGCCAAGUUCAGAGCUCUGAAAUUAAAACAGCUCUGGGGGGAUAGAAGUUUUCAAAAUUCUAGAACUCACAUUUUAAUCAGGGAUUGCAUUUAUUGGCUAAUUGCAUGACAUGUCCGAUCUCCCAUUUAAAAAGACAUCUUAAAGCCUGUUGUCACUGAGAAAAGAGUACAGCAUUAACUCUUAACCAUCUAGGACAGUAAUGUGCUUUUUUUUUUAAUGAGGAAGGAGAAAGUUGGAUAAGAUGGGACAGCUCUUAUAAUGAAAUAAACAAACAAACAAAAAACAAAAAGACCAAACUACGGGCCCUUCUCAUUC